AUGGCCGCUAUGGACAACACAGAGGAAGAAGUAAGGAAACAUAAAACAUAUCGCAUCGCAAAGAAGCGGAGUGAAAGCAAAGAUGUAACCAUAUCGCAACAAAAUGACACUACUCAAGCAGAGGAUGGCAAUACUAAUAUAGAGGCAAAUGAUAUAGAAGAACUCAUACCAGAUAUCGAGGAUUACCUUGAUGGAGCACUCUCGACAGAGGCAACCAAUGCGGCAAUUGAAUUGCCACCAGUUGUCAAAUUCAGAAAAAACUGGUCUCUUUCAGUCACAGACUUGUCGGCACAGUUAUGGUGUGAAAAACAAAUCGAACUUGUACUCAUCACAGGAAGAAAAAGAGUAACCAAAGAGAUGGAAAAGGGUGUUGAAAGACAUGAACAACUUGAACUGGACGAUCACGAUAUUGUGCAAGUAGAGGUACAUACAAAUGAAGAUUACCUGGGCAUCAAACUACUCAACUCAAUCAACCUCAUCGAACAACUUAUGGAAACAGGAAAGUGCCGAGAGCUAUGGCUAUUCGGAAACUUCAACGGAUACAUUAUACGUGGUAUAAUAGAUCAGCUAGAACUCAUACCAGCAGGAAGUAGUGGCAGCAAACAAGUGCUUAUAUCUGACACAAAAACACGGAAUCGAAAAUCUAAACCAAGUAUAUCACAGAUGCAAGGGGCUUCACUGCAGGUACAAACAUACGGCAUUAUGUUGGAAAAAAUGAGAAGUGACGAAGAACAGUUUGAUGCAUUAUAUGCGGCAUUCGAGUGUGACAAGAAUGCGCCAUUUGUAUCAGAAGAACUAACAGCAGAGGGGUGCCUAGCGACACUGGAGAAGAGAUUCCGCAACGCAUUCACUCAGCUGCCGGAAGUAGCUAAUAUAAUGCAGCUGUCAUACGAGUAUGAAGGAAAAGUAUUUAACACUUCUGAUAUACCAUUACAGAAGCAAUCUACAAUGUACACAAUCCAAUAUCUAUGCGAUUUCUGGGAUGGCUACCGAGAAGCACAGCCAGUAAGAAAAAACGAGGCAUGGAAGUGUAAAAUGUGCGAAUUUAAGGACGAAUGUGAGGUAUCGCCACUAUUUAUACCCGCAACCAAAAAAAACAAAGCGGACGCCGGGCAGCUGCUGUUAGAUAACUUUUUGCAAAAGGCAAACACAAGUUAA